AUGCCCUUUAUGGUGACGGCCGGGUCCAGCGGGAACGGCAUCGGCUCGAAGCUCGCGAAGUUGAACUUGAACGCGUCGGGGUCCGCCAGCAGCUGCUGCAGCCGCUCCGCCUUCUUGUUGCGGUUGCCGCUCUCGCGCGCCACGCUCUUCACCAGCUUCACCAGCUUGUCGAUGAACACCUGCUGCCUGGCGAGGAACGAGCGCGUGCGCUGGUGGUCCGCGUUGCCUGCGGUUGCGGGCGGGUGCGACGCUGUCAAACGCGACUCGACUAUCUCUUAU